AUGCCCUGCUUCAAAGGCAUCGCCGUCAGCAUACAUGCCAACGGCGCGCCCCUCCCCGAGCAUGGCAUGCAGAAACAGUCGCGUCUAUCACGAAUCAGCACCUAUAUCCCGGUCCCUCAACCAAGCAUCAAUCCCGACUCCAACAAGCCCGAGCCUGCUAAAUUCGCAAUUUCUAUUACUCUUCUUACCCCUGGCCUACCUAUUCCGUACUCCACUCCCAAGGCAACAGAGAGCAACCCUUACCCGAAGCCGCAGUUUGUUGGCGGCCUUCCCACAGCUGGCCAUGGCCCUUCUAAAUUCUCUGGUGUCGUCAACCCUUACAUUCCCAUGACCAACUCCGAAAACGAGACGAUAGCCGCCUACAUAUAUUUCGAUGGUAGAUCCAAGGAAGAGGUUGCUACGCUUCUACGCCCUGGCGAGGAGACAUGGGUCAAUAGCCGUUGGGUUCAGAUUCCAGACUCGGAAGGCGGCGGUCUCGCCGAGCGCGAGUUCCUCUUUCGCGAGGUCGGACUGGAGCGCUGGCUCAAUGGCCUGGAUCUGCAAGGCCAUGACGCCGCCGAGAAGUUGGAACGUCGCCGCCAAAAGUUUGAGAAGCGGCGUCGACGCCAAAAGGCCACCACGGGCGCUACCAGCAUGCAGGUUGAAGAGGGUCCUAAUGGUCCCAGGGACACCCUUCGCUACGGCGCCGACGAAGGCUCCCCCGUCGAGGCCGUCUUUGGCGAAGAUGAUUCUGAUUCCUUAUCCGAUGAUGACGAUAUUCCUGAGGCAACCGGUCAGAUCAAGGUACUCAUGUUCCGCGUGCUGGCAUCGGGCGAAAUCAAAAAGGGAGAAUACUCGCCUCAGUUUGACGCUUAUGACGACGAUGACGAUGCUGCAUCUGGCAAUCAAGGUAACGGAAAAGGCGGUGUUGAUGCCGACGUUGAACACACCACAAGCUUUGCCAAGCCCAAGACAUUGGACCCGAAAACCAUUAGCACUCAGACUGUGACAGGCAUCGACGGUCCGGACAAGCCCUAUGCUUCUUUCACAUUCUUUUAUCGUGGAGAGAGACAACUUCAGAAAAUCGGCAUCAUUGCCUCCUCCAAACCGGCCCAGGCGACACCGGGAUCGGCCAAGCGGCGAUCUGGACAGCUAGACUUUUCCAACCUUGGCCCGUUGAAAACGUCCGGAACUGUUGGUUUUUCGACCUUCAGAGACCAAGAUACCGAGGCCACCAGAAGACGAAAGGCCCGCAAGAAGAGCAACGGCAACGUAGGGGGCGCCCUGAAUGACGACAGUGACGACGACGAUGACGAGAGCGAUCUCAUUGGGAAGAUGCAGGAUAUUGACGAGAAGGAGGUUGACAACAAGCUUGCCCCCGAGGACGUUAAGUUUCAGGGGGAGCUUGCUGAUGGGGUAAACCGUAUCCGCCUCAAGAGGGCACACUCAGCGGAACCUGACCGCCCUGGAAAGGCGGGCACCGCAGCGAGCAGCGCCCCCCAAUCCGGCAUGUUUGCGGGCUCAUUGACAAAUUCCGUUCCCACCGCAGGCAAUAACCAAGUCGAUGUGAGCGCUGCUCAGAGCAACAGCCACAAUACGACAGCAGAGACAAUCAUCGGAAGCCCCUUGAAGAAACAUCGCCCGAGUAUCACCGCUGGAGACAGCCAUGUGCAGGCGAAUCCAGAUAACUCAAACUUGGGAUUGGAUGGCAUGGUGAACCGCGGUACCGCCACGCAGUCUAGCGCGGCAGGUACGUCAACUACUAAUGCGGAAGAGGAAGAGUUAUGA